AUGUGGUUUCCAAGUUCUGCGUGGAUAAUUAAUUUCAUUGUAGUUUGUAUUGGAAUAUUAUUCUUUGGAUACAAAUAUUUUACGAGAAAAUUUGAUUACUGGAAAGUUCGAGGUGUCCGUGGUCCAAAACCAGUUCCAUUUUUUGGCAGUUUGUAUGAAGUGGCUACGUUAAAAAUAACUUUAUCUGACUUAAUAAAAAAACUUUAUAAUGAAAAUGAUGGAGACUAUUUUGGUAUUUUCGUGUUCGAUAAACCAGUAUUGGUUAUUAAGUCACCCAAAUUAAUCAAAGAUAUACUUAUAAAGAAUUAUGAUAUAUUUGCUGAUCGAUCUGUUUAUGCAGGUAAUCAUCAUGAAUAUAUCUCCAAAUUCGUCUUUUUCCAAAAAGAUCCUUACUGGAAACAUACGAGAAAGAAAUUAUCUUCGUUGUUUACUGUAUCAAUGACAAAAACUUUUUUCAACGAAUUGGAAAGCAUCAGCCAAAGAUUUGUUGAAUAUUUAAAAUCAACUUCCAGUACAGUGGAUGCUAAAUUUGUAGCAAGUCAUUUUACCACUGAAAUGAUGGCUCGUUGCUUCUAUGCUACUGACCCUCGUUGUUUUGAUUCUAGUAUAUCAUUAUAUAGACAAAAUGUACAUCGAAUAUUUGAAUUUAGCUUAAGAAAUGCCUUUGUGCAAAGCUCCUAUUUUUUAAGACAAAGCAUGGCCAAAUUUUUAAGACUAGAAUUUAUACAGCAAGACGUUAUACAAUAUUUCAGGGAGACGUUUAUAUCAGCGAUGAGAUCAAGAACGGGAUAUAGCGGAAAACCUUUAAAUAUGGUAGACAUGGUUAAUGAUUUACAGAAUAACCGAAGCGAAGCGGAAUUUGAAAGAGAAUUAUACAUAUCCAACUCGGUAUUAUUAUUAUUAGCUGGACAAGAAACGACUAGUUCGGUAAUUGCUUAUGCCUUGUAUGAAUUAGCUCUUCAUCCUGAUAUACAGAACAAGUUAAGAAAUGAAGUAAAGGAUAACUAUGAAAUGUAUAAUGGCUUCACAUACGAAGGAAUACAGAAAAAUAAAUAUUUAGAAAUGGUUAUUAAUGAAACUAUGAGAAAAUAUGCAGUUUUGCCAGUUUUGGAUAGAAUAGCUGCGGCAGAUUAUAAGAUCGAAGGUAAAGAUCUCGUGAUUGAAAAAGGAAUGACAGUAUUUAUUCCCCUUUUUGCUAUAAUGAGAGAUGCCAAUUAUUUUGAGAAUCCUGAAAAGUUUGAUCCAGAAAGAUUCGUUAGCAAUAAUUUUAAUACAAAUGGUUUAACAUUUUUUCCAUUCGGUGAAGGACAAAAGACUUGCAUAGGAAAGCGUUUAGGACUUUUGGCUGUCAGCCUUUGUCUCUCAAACAUUCUUAUGGAAUUUAAUGUUCAUAGAUGUAGUGCUACACCAAAUCCUGUAGAAUUUGAACCAAAAUCUUUGGUUCUUCAAUCAAAAUGUGGUCUUCCACUCAACUUUACCCCUUUACUGUAA